AUGGCGUCCCGCCCACUCAACGACGACGAGGUACUCAGCGAAAUGAACAAGAUGGUAUCCUUUAUCAAACAAGAGGCUCUCGAGAAAGCUCGCGAGAUCCGGGUGAAAGCCGACGAAGAGUUCGCCAUCGAGAAGGCCAAACUCGUGAAGCAAGAACAACAAGCAAUCGACGCUCAGUACGAAAAGAAACGCAAAGGGUCUGAGGUAGCCCAGAAGAUUGCCCAAUCCACGCUCACCAACAAAUCCCGACUAAAGCUUCUCCACCGACGAGAAGAGCACCUCCAAGACCUCUUCUCCACCACCCGCAGCUCCAUCACAACCCUAGCCAUCGAACAAAGCCGAUAUGUGCAGUUCCAAGAGGGCGUCAUCCUGCAGGCGUUCUUGCAGAUCAUGGAACCGAGCGUCACCGUCCUCGUCCGGAAAUCAGACCUUGCUGUGGCUACGCAAGCUUCGGAAGCAGCUUCCAAGUCGUUCAAGGAGAUCAGUGGGCGGAAUAUUGCUUACGAAGUAGAUGCUAGCUUGAGUGAUGAUGGUGCUGGUGGUGUUAGACUCAUUAGCGGUUCGAGACGGAUAACGCUCGACAAUACGCUGGAUGAGAGACUGAGGUUAUUGGAAGAUAGGAUGUUACCCGAGAUUAGAAAGGACCUCUUCGGUAUUAAUGAGAAUCGCAAGUUUUAUACAUGAAAUAGCACGCCCCACAUGUAAUUCGCCAUAUUCAUCACUCGACUUUUUAAUGUGGAAACUGACGCUUGAACCU